AGAUUGAUCCUAACCUCAAAAUUUAUGUGUUUUUUGGCCUCUGUGAAUCCUGCAAAAAUGCAUUUUUAUCGCUAUUUCCAAGCAUGAGUGCAUACAUCUACCUGGACGUAUCGCUGCAAUUGAGUACAAUCCCGAGAGAUCCAAUUGUUCCGGUAUUCUUCAAGGGAGGCAUCCUGACAUCUCUGGAAGAGGUUUUUGGCGAAAUUGGUGGCUGCACCACAGUUGACGUGUUGAGAUUUGACCCGAAAACCCUUAAAGCUAUCCUUAGAGUGCCCAAGGAGGACUACGUAAAGGUCCGGACAGCUUUGACAUUGAUUUCUGCGUUCCAGGAGAUCCCUUGUCGUUUUCACGUGAAUUCUGUGUCGCCUCUGUUGCUGUCUCUGGUGCGCUGUGAGGAAUUCUAA